CCGGCCAUCAAUCAUUAUAACCUAUAGAUCUUAAAGUUCCUCCUGAUUUCAUUUAUUACUAUUCAUCUUACCUUAUAAGGAAUACUCGUUUAAUCGGUACACACUUCAUUUUCCGCACCCGAGGUAAAAUAUUUAAAUUAAAACCAUGUCAGAUCCUCGUAUAAGAACUCUAAAAAUUAAAACUGGAGUAGUGAAACGUCUCGCGAAAGAAAAAGUUACGUAUGAAAAAGAAGCAGCACAGCAACGUGAAAGGAUACAGAAAUUAAAGGAACAGGACAAAGAUGGUUAUGAUAUCAAAAAACAAGAAGAAGUGCUUCAGGAAUCUCUUAUGAUGGUACCAGAUUGUCAACGACGCCUUGUAAAAGCUUUUGAAGAACUUAAAAAAAUUUUGGACACGGAACAAGAUUUAAAAGAAGUUGAAGAUUAUAUACAAGCAGAAAAAAUAUUGCAAGAAGCAGCAUCUCAACUUCCUAAAGAGGGUGAUAUUAUGGAGAUGUGUUAAGAAAGCAAAGCCACCUAAGUUUAAGAUAUUGCUGAAAAUUGAAAGAACUAUAUUUUCAUCUAAAAUAAUAUA